AUGAAGUUCUUCGUUCCCCUCGCUCUCCUCGUCGCCGCCGUCGCGGCCCAGGACCCCAAGUGCGAUGCUGCGCCUAUCGUCGAGACUUGCCUGACAAGCGAGAACAACAAGGUCAAGGCUUGCAAGGCUGACGACUGGGACUGCCUCUGUGCCGCCUACCAGGCCGUCGCUACUUGCUACAACAACUGCCCCAACGACCCCCGUGCUUCCCCUGCCCAGCAGCAGGUGGGUGUUUUCUGCAGCAACGCUUCUCUCUACGGCUCCGCCGCUCAGCGCAAGACCGCCUCCGUGUCGGCCUCGGCCACCGCCGCCGUCGCCUCCAACUCUGCCACCCCUACCGCCGCCGCCACCACUGGCACCAACGACGCCGCCUCCACCACCGCCUCCGUUUCUCCCACCAGCACCCCCAACCUGGGUGUUGGCCAGCUCGCCCGUAACACUGGUGGCGUUCUCCUCGCCGUCGCUGGUGUCGUUGCUGCCGUCCUGUAA